CACUGUCACCACUUCCUGUUUCCUCUACCGUAGACUAAAAUGGCGUCGCGCUACUUUCAAACGAUGCAGGAGACUUUCAAAACGAACAACAAAAGUCGCGAGUUCCCAGCGCAUUCAGUCAAAAUCCACUCGGUGGCGUGGAGCUGCGAUGGCAGGAGACUGGCGUCGGGGUCUGUCGACAAGACCGCCAGCGUUUUUGUCCUGGAAAAAGACAGACUGGUGAAGGAAAACAACUACCGUGGGCACAGCGACAGCGUGGAUCAGCUGUGCUGGCAUCCCAGCAACCCGGACCUCUUUGUGACUGCGUCGGGCGACAAGAGUGUCAGAAUCUGGGACGUGCGCACCACCAAGUGUACGGCAGUUGUCAACACCAAAGGUGAGAACCUCAACAUCUGUUGGAGUCCGGACGGUCAGACGGUCGCUGUGGGCAACAAGGAAGACGUGGUCACCUUCAUAGACGCCAAGACACACAAGACCAAAGCCGAGGAGAAGUUCAAGUUCGAGGUGAACGAGAUCUCCUGGAACAACGACAACGACAUGUUCUUCCUCACCAACGGCAACGGCUGCAUCAACAUCCUCAGCUACCCCGAGUUGAAGACCAUUCAGUCCAUCAACGCGCACCCAUCCAACUGCAUCUGCAUCAAAUUCGACCCGACGGGCAAAUACUUUGCCACGGGCAGCAAUGACGCGCUGGUCAGCCUCUGGGACUUGAGCGAGUUGGUCUGCGUGCGCUGCUUUUCCAGGUUAGACUGGCCCGUGAGGACACUGAGCUUCAGUCACGACGGCAAGAUGCUGGCGUCAGCGUCCGAGGACCACUUCAUUGACAUCGCCGAGGUGGAAACAGGCGCGAAGCUGUGGGAGGUGCAGUGCUCGCCUACAUUCACGGUGGCCUGGCACCCCAAGCGCCACCUGCUGGCCUACUCCUGCGACGACAAAGACGACAAAUACGACAACAGCCGCGAGGCGGGAACCGUCAAACUCUUUGGCCUCCCCAACGACUCCUGACGUGACCGCGACCGCCAAACGGCCCAUGGAAAGCCCUUCAUCGCAAUGUUUUUUUUCCCCCACUACCUUUGCCCUCCUUUUACCUUUUAGUUCCAGCUGGCACACAAAGUCCACACUCACUCGUACAACGGUUGCGUCGUCACACUGGUCAGGUGGAUUUUUUGACUGCUGCCACUUGUGGCCUACGAGGACAACUGCAGCUCCCGUCCUGUGGGGGCAUGGGUUGAACUGUGUGCCGCUGUUCUGCUAGUAACAUUUUCAAAUGUCAACCAAUUGCAGCCAAGGCCAUUGUUCUACUACUGCGGCAGUACCUUACUCGCUAUGUGUGCUACUGCUACGUGACACAAUUAUCCUGGUUGGCUCUGGAAGUGUGUUUGAAUCUAUAGAUGGCAGCAGAGUACUUCACCAGUAUGGUCGAGUUGCACGUUAGCAGGUCGGAAGUGGCACAGGUCGCCGAAGAAACGCUCACAACUGAGGCCUAAGCUGUAACGUAGCACGUUUAGACAAUUGGUAAACAUCCAGACAGGAGACAAUCUGUCGUUCUACAGUAACUCGAUUGGCACCCAUCUCGCG